AUGUUCAAGUUUAAUUUGGAGUCGAUAACGCAAUCUAUCUCAGAAGGUACGCAGUCUCUAGUACAGCAAUUCAAUGACCCCAAGACCAAACUAUCGAUUAAGGCCAAGACUAGGUUCUUGCAGGAGGCUAUUGGCAAUGAAAGGGAUAUCAGUAAGCUACCGCCACAGUACGUUGUGCUCGAGAAGAAGUGUGACUCUAUCGAGAAAGUCUUGAAGCGAAUCCUGAUAGUGACAAAGACGUAUGAAAUUGAAGGGUAUGACUAUCCACCAAACAUAUCCGAGUCUUUGUCCAGCUGGUGGCAGACAAAAGAAUGGUUCAACAUAAGUGAAUUGACAAAGAACGUUAUUCCAAAACAUGGCAAUGUGGAGAAGGCUGGAACAGAAGCAUCAAAAACUCUAACCGACAAAGAAGUCUCACAUGAGGGUCCUCCUAGUUUUGCCUCUGCUAUUGCGAGGGCAGGAAAGGAUUCACAACUAAUAUUUGAAUCUAUUGAAACAAAGGACGAAGAUGAAAAGGAGGACAUUGAUGAAUUGGUCAAGAUAUUCAAGAUAUGGAGCGACUGCUUCUAUGAGAUAAGUGACAGUAAGACAGAGAUGGAUCAAAUGAUGAUUAAGGAGUUUAAUGUAAAACUUGAAGACUAUUUGCAGAAAAAUUUCCAAAAAAUUCAUACUCUUCGGGCUAAAGUAGAAGAAUCAAGACUAAAUUUCGACACUAUGCGAUAUGAAGUAGCACAAACAUCAAAACAGACUGAUUCAAAAGAACUAGGUAAUGAAGACGAAACUAAACCAUCCUCGAUGGAUGCAAAUAAGACUAACACUGAAGAAAAAGAAGCAGCGAAUGAUAAGGUUGAAACAAAGGAAAAAACUGAAACAAAUGCAACAAUUGCUGAUGAGACCAAGGAGACCAAGGAUACCAAGGACAGUGAGGACUUGAAGGAGGAUAGUAAGACUUCUACUGAUGGCCAAUUGCUAGAACAACUGGAAGAUGAAUUUGUAUCUAAUACUACCGAGGCUGUAGAAGUGAUGACUGAGGUAUCGGAGAAUUCAGAAUUGCUGAGCCUCAUUAAGUUAUUUCAAACUUUCCAAUUAUCUUAUCAUCAACAUUGUGUAAAAAGUUUAGAACAGAGCCUCAAAGAUUUAAAUGCUAUCGAUAAUUGA